AUGGGACAGAAAUCGACAAAAGUUGAGACGAAUGCAAGGCAAAACAUACAAAGGGUUAAAAAGCAAGCAGGUAAAUGGACACAAACAAAUUUAAGACCUGGUAGAGAAAUGAAGGAUGCUUGUAACUGUAAAUCCGCCAAAUUUGAUUGUAGGAAGUUAACAGAAGAAGCAAGAAAACAUCUUCACAGCAACUUUUGGAAAAAUUUAAAUUGGGAACAAAGAAAAGUUUAUAUAGCAAGUUUAGUUACCAAAGUGCCACCAACAUCUAGAAGGCCAAUUAAUGACAGCUCCCGUAGAAAUAUUACUUUGAAUUACUAA